AUGUCAAAGGAUCCGUUUCAUCCAUCAUUUCGUACGCACCAAGUAAAUGAAACAAUUGAAAAAGUACCAAAUUUAUUGUCGAUGCAAGUUGUAAAAAUGACUACGAUACAAACACAAAAAAUGCCUCGUACAUCCAAUUCAAGAACGUCAACUCCCAUUAUAAGAUAUGUACGACGAUUACCCUCUGAAAUGACAUUAGCAGAUGAGAAAGAAGUUGUUGAGAUAAUUGAAACCACAAAUCCGGAAAAAACAAUUUCAUCAACUAAUGUGCCUCAAGUGGUUAUAGUCGAAAUAUCAAGACCGAAUACUGCAACGACACGUCUACUGAAUAGGUCAAAAUUAGUCGAACAGUUAAUCAGACGACCACCACGACGUAUUUACAAUAUGUCGAGAGAAACGAUUGUUCCACUUGCCGUGUAUGGUUGA